UUUACACUCAUUUACCGUACCCAGGCAGUCCCAGACACUGCCCAGGAUGGACGAGAACCCAAGGUAACGGGAUGCCAACAUUCCUGCUCGCAGCCAGUGACUGACCAGUGACUGACCAGUGACUGACCAGUGACUGACCAGUGACUGACCGGUGACAGACCAGUGGCGCUGCUAGUGUGUGAGAGAUAGAUAUUGAACUGACUUGACUAUGCUUCUCGUACCAACAUCGUGUGACAUGGGCAUUCCGAUAUACUACUGCACGAGAUUACCGUUGAGGUGAGGUCGAGACCAGGGCAUGAGAUAAGACGGUAUAGAUCUUUCAUAACAACUCGAAAUCCGCUUCACCUGCAUGAAAGAGGGUGCUCCAUAAACAAUACUUCUUUGCAUGUGAAUACUACAUUCCCCAUUCCUUCCCUCAUUGGUUUUGUUCAUUUCCGGCAUUCUUAAGUGUCCAACAUGAAGAGGCCGUCAGCCUCCGAGAUCAAGCAGAGAUGCACCUCUCUGCACUCAUGGGAGAUCCCCAAGCAGACUGGAGCCCUGGCUCCAAGUCACGUUUGGACGAAUAAGGAUAUGGAUCCGACGCCCUUGGAGCACCAGAAUUGGAGCAGCUGGAGUAUAAUCGCAUACUGGGCCACAGACGUGCUGAACCUCACGACAUGGCAAACUGCGUCCGCGAUCCUCGCCGUCGGACUGUCAUGGCGUGAGGCCAUCCCCAUCAUGUUCCUCGGGAACCUCGCUGUCGCUAUUCCCAUUGUGCUUAACGGCGCUAUCGGGUCGAGGCUCCAUGUCCCGUUUUCUGUGAUAGCUACGAGCAGCUUCGGUUAUUAUUUGCGGUACUUCUCCAUCGUCAGUCGUGCUGUUCUCGCUAUGUUCUGGCUUGGUAUCCAGGGUGCAAACGGCGCACAAUGCAUAACGAUCAUGCUUCGCGCCUGGGCGCCUUCAUAUAAUGAUAUCCCAAACCACCUCCCCGCCUCAGCCGGUCUCACAACGCAAGGCUUCAUAUCCUACUUCUUGUUCUGGAUCAUCCAGCUGCCCCUCCUGCUCAUCCACCCGACGAAGCUAAAACCGCUCUUCUGGGUCAAACUCGUCGCGGCCCCGGCGUCGGCGCUCGCGCUCCUCGGCUGGACAGUCCGGAAGGCGGGGGGUGGAGGUGAGAUCUUUGCACAACAUGCCACUGUGAGCGGUUCGCAAUACGCCUACCUCUGGCUCUCUAGCAUGUCCAGCAUAACAGGCACGUGGUCCACGCUGAGCGUCAACAUGCCUGACUUCACGCGGUACGCGCGGUCCCCGAACGGCCAGUUCAUACAGCUCCCGGCCAUGCCCAUCCUCUUCACUAUCUGCGGCGUCAUUGGCAUCGUGACGACGUCUUCCGCACAGGUCUUCACUGGCAAGACCCUCUGGAACCCCCUUGACAUCAUCACGCUCUGGCUCGAUGGUGGCUCCGGCGGACGCGCUGCUGCGUUUUUCGCUGCGUUGGCUUGGUAUAUCGCACAAGUCGGCACCAACAUCACAGCGAACAGCAUCUCAGCCGCCAACGACCUAACAGUACUCUUCCCGCGCUGGAUCAACAUUCCCCGCGGCUGCUUCAUCGCCGCCCUGAUCUCCGGCUGGGCGCUCGUGCCCUGGAAGAUCCUCAGUUCCGCGGAGACCCUCCUCGCCUUCCUAGGCGGUUACGCCGUCUUCCUGGGUCCGCUAGCAGGCAUCAUCACCGCCGACUUCUGGCUCGUGAAGAAGCAGCACAUCGACAUCCCCGCAUUAUACAAUCCCGACGGACGCUAUCGGUACAUCGGCGGGUGUAACUGGCGCGCCGCAGUAGCGUUCAUCAUCCCCGUGGCCCCGCUGCUGCCGGGCCUAGGGCUGAGCAUCAGCGGUCCCGACGCCGUGCAUAUCAAUGCCGGAUUGCAGCAUUUGUACAGCUUUAACUGGAUGUUCGGCUUCGUCGUGUCUAUCGUGCUGUAUUGGGCCCUGAGCUACUUCUUCCCGGCCAAGGAGACCCUGUUGACCGAGACCGUGUGGGAUUUGGAUCAGAUUGCUGUUGAGGCGUUCCCGCGCGAGAGCGAUGUCGAGGGAUCCGAUGCGAGGUUCUCGGAUAAGGCUAUUGAUGCAGAUAGCAAAUGAUGCGGUACUGUCCGCAUGUCGGUCUGCUCCGUGUUAGAGCUGGGAAUGAAUGCGCUUGAAAUGUAUACAGAAAGGCCUUGCUUGAAUAUCUUGAAACUUUUGUCAAAUUCGAUCUCACUUGGUGGAAGUAAAACCCAUAUUUAUUACAUUUGGAUUGGAUCUGAAAUGAAGUGACGACCUUUCACCUUUCGCCUUGAUGCAAGGUGUAGGAAAUUGUAUGAGCGAAGAUUAACACAAAUCCUCGAUAAGAGCACAGUGACUUAUCAUCACACAUUCAAUCAAAGCCGAGGCGUAGAAAGUUUACAAUUCAAGACACAUCUGCAAUCGUCCACGACUCGCAGUACACUGAGC